GAUGUCGACUAGCUCACAAGGAGCAUUUGACAGUUCUAUAACAACUUGGUAAAGUUGUAACAAAUAUAACACGCAACUAAAAUGCGAGUCGUAUAAUGCGCUGUGUAUAAAUAUAAAAUGCAAACUGAAGCAUCUAUCUUGCCGGUUGUACAGCUUAAUGUGCAUAGAACGAUCAAUAGAAAACCUGAUUCAAAACCCAAUUCAAAAAAUUCAACACUGGAAUCUAAAAAGCUGUCUCUUUACAAAAAAACAUUACUUCCAUCAAACAAAAAAUGCUUGAAUCCUUUACUUGGUGCACCAUAUAGAGGUAGUAUUAAACAACAAUCAUUAUCGGAUGAACCAAAAUCUAGUAAUAAAAGUGUUCUUGGACAAAGAGUAAUGUCAGCAAAAAUGCUUCGUUUCAAGCAACUACAAAAUCAACUAGCUGAUGCACAUUAUCAUCUCAAUGAAUUAGCAAAUGAAAAUAGAUUAUUAAAAGCAUUGCAGAAAAGACAAGAUUCCGCAUUAAAACGUUAUGAAGGUACAAAUGCUGAGCUACCAAGACUUAUAAAUUCGCAUCAUGAAGAACUGAGAAUACUUCAAACAAAAUAUAAGAAAUUAAAAGAGUUACAUAAGGAUACAUGCAACUUGCUAAAAGAAAAAGAAAAUGAACUUUAUUCUGUAAAUUCACAAAAUAAACAUCUAUUACAACUUAGUAAAGAUCGAAAUCUUGAAGAGAGAGAAAAGUUACAGUUGCAAUUAUCUGACAUGAACCAUAAAAUGCAACAACAACAAGAAACUAUACAGCUCUUACACAGAAAGCUUGCACUUGAAACUAAAAGUUUAAAACAUCAAUUACAUGUUGAGAUUUCUAAACAUAAAGAAACACAGAAAAACUUGCAAGAAACAUUAGAGAAAUUAAAAAGCUUAGAAUAUUUAUUAGACAAUAGAGAAAAAAGAUUAUAUUAUAAUGGUCAGUUGCCAAUUUAUAAUAAAGAGAAAAAUCUAGGUAGUCAUUCUUUUACAAAUCUCAGCACCUCUAAUCCAGUUAAAGUAUCUAGCAGGAGUAAAAAAAGCGAAACUAAUAUAUCAAAGGACAAUUUGCCAUUAUUGGAUACAUUGGCGUCUAAUGUUGAUGAAAAAGUAAAUCGAACGACGAAUAAUACGAAUGAUUCAGUGGAUCAAUUGAAAUCGGAAACAAUGGCAAGUCUACAACAAAUACGAAAGUUUCGAUUGCAAAGGUCAUCACAUAUGCGUAAAAACGCACAUUCUAUGGAUGAUUUAAGAUUUAGAUCUAAAGAUCCAGAAAUGAAAAUAUAUAAUGAAAAAAUUACAAAAGAUUAUAAAGAAAUGUUGGAGAAAAAUGAUUUGACUAACGAUAAAAACGAAAGUGGUAAAUUGCGAAAAUUAUUUAGCAAAAUAAAAAAACAAAAAGAAGCGAAUAUCGAAUUCGACCAUUCAUCUGAUGACGGAGAGAAUGACAGUAUUAUUGAAUACGAUAUGAAAUCUUAUGUCACAGAUACUGCACAAAAAUCUAGAGAAUUAUAUGCAAGAUUAAUUAGCAACACAGACGAUAUCUCUGAUACUUUGGAUGAUAUGAUGAAGAAGACAAAUAUUCAUUAUAGUGAUGAAGAAGAAGAAGAAUUAAAUACAAGUUUAGCAAAAGAUGUUAUGUUUCAGAAACACACGAGCAAAUUAAGAGUAUUACAACAUUAUAGAAAUAAAGAUAUUUAUGAUAGUGAUUCUGAAUUUGAUUCCGAUGAGAAGAUAGAUACAAAUGGGGAUUCUUCUAUAGAAUAUAAAACUAAUAAUUUUCAAACCGAUUUAUCUGAGUAUACCAAAUUGAGUAAAUCUUUUAAUGAUGUUCAUUCAGAUGAUGCUUUAGAAACAAAAGAACAGUCUAUCAUUGACAAAUUAAAGGAUGCACAACUACAAAGGAUGUCUAAUCACAUUCUAGAUAAUCUCCAUAUGGAAAACAAAGAAGUUCCUCAACAAUCUUCAAAGAAAUAUUGGCUGGAAAGACAACAAUUUCUGGAGAAUAAUGAAAUAGAAAAUUCACCUAUCGACAUUAAAAAAGAAGAUUACAUAAAGGAAAAAGAUGAAACAUAUUUGAAAGAUAAGCCAGUAUAUAUUGAUGUAUCAUAUAACGAGGUAAAUUGUGACACAAAUAAAAAUGAAGAAAUGAAAAAUUUGCCAAGUCCAAAAAGAAGAGAAGCCAAAAAAGACUCACAACAAGUUUAUGAAGAAGAAUGCACAACAAAUUCUGAUGAAAACAAUCCUGGAUAUAAUUUACAAUUAGAAGAAGAGAAUCUUAGGCCUAGAGUAGAGGAAAAGCCAAGUAUAACACAAAGCAAUGAAGAAACAUUAAAUACAAGUAAUUUCAAUGUAGAAACAAAAAAUAAAUUGAAUGUUUCGUUAGAAGCAGAGAAUGUUAACAUUCCCACUAUUAUUCAAUCUCAGACUGAGCAGACUAAUAGUAUAAAAGCUGAACGAAUAGACAAUAAACAAAUAAAUGACAAAAAAAAAAUAAUUAAUUAUGAUAAAGAAAAACUAUUAGCUACAAUGAAAGCUAUUGAUGACAACGAAAAUAUUGAAUAUCUAAAUCAAGGAUACAAGAAUCACAAUACAAACAGAAUGCAGAUAACGGAGAAUUUAUAUCGUGGCUUACCUACACACUCGAAACCAAAACGCGAUAUUAUUAAAGAUAUAUUUGAAGACAACCAUAUAGAAAAUAAAGUCAGAGGCACUUGCAGUAAAUCUCAUUGAGAUUUGAAAAAGUAAAUCUCAUUGAGAUUUAAAGAUAAUAGUAAAUAGCACAAAACUUAUUUUCUCUUUUUUCAAUUCCAUUAAACUCUAUGCGCAAAUAUAUGACAGAUGUAGUAUAUUAUAAAAAGAAGGCAUAUA